UUUGCGACACGGACCCUUACAAUACUUCUACUUAAGUCAUGGUUAUUGUUUCCAUUUCUAACAAGAAUGUUAUUUUUAUAUAGAUAUGGGCAUGGGACCACCUGCACAUUGGCCGCCCUGAGGUAGUAGGACCACAGCCUGAGCUUGUCGACAUGCCUCUAGGGUGUCGGUGGAAUACCAGGCUGGCUUUCCAGGACAAUGUCAGGACUACUGACAUUGAGUUUUAUCAUGAUCAGCUGGAUCAGCAGUUAGAGUCUCAGAUUACAUGGAGGCCUUAUGACGACACUGUUUUAGAGACGCUCCCACCUUUUUGUCUGGCUGGGUCUCAGGUUUGGCGAUCGAGGACUACCUUAAUCUGCUUCCACAUUAUUGAGCUCCAUCAUCCCGAUCGUGUGCUGCGACAGUUUGGGCUAUUACAGCAUAUACCUGAUGCAGUACUUCCCAUACCUCGCAUCAAUUCACGAGGUAGAGCAGAUGAGGAUUGGGCGGCAUACCAUGCUUCAUACAUUCAGCGUUGGAAUGAUAGAUUGAUAGAUAUAGCAGAGGUGGCCCCAGAGACAGAUCCAGAUCCGAUACGAGCUACCGCUGUUUACAUGCAGUGGUAUUAGACGAUCACCAGGAGGUGGAUAUCUACACCUGUACAGCGGCCACCACUCGCGUAUCAGCCACGUGGGCACGUCGAGAGAGUAUUGGUCGAUAUCGUGCAGAGAUCAUAUUAUACGAUCAGACGUGUCCUGCCCAAUAUUUCAGGAGAUGGAGUCUUAACUACCCUAUCACAGGUCACCGAUUAGAUGGAAGCAGUUUUGGAGACUUUACCUACGCUUCCACGCUAUGUACCUCCAGGACCAGCAGACUAUGGUGGAGCAUCGAUGUCCGGCCAUGCACCCAUAUAUAGUCCACCGAGGCCAUCAUCACCUAUAGAGGAGCCACCUUAUGCUGAUGUUACAGACCCGGCACCAGCACCAGUACCGCAGGAUCCAGCUCAAGCAGGUGAUCUUGUUUAUUUUAGGCGUCGACGACAUAUGAGGUCUACCCGUACAGAUCAGUCCUCUUCAGCUCCUCCACGGCCAGAUAUACUACCGGCACAUGCUACUACUGUGAUUGAGCCGGUUAUUGAGGGUGCUGCUAUAGAGCAUCUAGACCAGUUGGAGAUCUUGGAGCCUUUUGAUGAGCAUGAUGUUGGUCGUGGUCGCGGACGUGGUAGGCGACGUGGUCGAGGGAGUCGAGGGAGGAGAACAUGAUAUUAUAUUUAUAUAUUAUUGUAUAACUUGCAUUUAUUUUGUAUAUUCUGUUUUGA